GACAUGCUUAAUUUUGCUGGAACCCUGCACGGUGGUUGUUUGGCGAUGAUGAUUGACAUGCAUGUUUCUUCUACUCAUUUUUGGCUGGGACUAAUACGGAUAUGCAGCUGCUCGACAUUGUCCAUUUACGUCCUUGGAGCCUCGACAAGUGGCCGUGGUGUAUUCGGCGUAUCACAGUCUCUAAAUAUCGUCUAUCAUUCACCAGCAUUGGCGGGCGACAAGUUGCACAUUGUGAACAUAACACUUACCUUUGGUAGCCGGGCACUCUCAACUCGUUGUGAAGUAUGGAAUGUUACGCGACAUCGACUAGUCGCAUCAGCUGUACGUAUCAACAUGGUUCCAUCUGAACUAAAUGCAUCU